CCACAAAGGCGUUUGUUUUUUACUAAAUUUGAGUCGGUUUCAAAUGCUGUCCCAAAAUACAGGUAACUGUAAUGAAUGGGCGCCCUCUGUGAGUAAUGAUCAUUUGAUGACGGGCCUUAAAUUCCGCAAAUAUGCGUUUCCGUGGUUACGCCACAUUUUCGUGCCAAACGUCAUUGCAAAAAGUGUUUUUUGUGUCAUACAUAAUUCACGAAAAAAUAUAAAAUUGAAAUUGUCGUUUCACGCAUACAACGCGCGCACGUAUCGAUUUUCAAAUGGUUGAUGAAAAUACGAAAAUGAGGGUUAUAAUCCUCGUCUUAAUUUUCGCAUUUUCCACUUGCCAAAGUGCAGUGUUAUUGUGGAGUACCAGCAAGUUGGAGGUUUCGCCUCUCAGUGAUUUCAACGACGAAACUUUACAAAAUUUGGUCCAAAAGCUGGGAUUCCCGGACGUCAGCGUCUACAAGAGCAGUCACGACUUGUUGCCGAAAUUCGAAACUUUGGUGAAAGAAUACAGCAGGGCUUACAACCCCAACGGGGACAUCACGACCGAAAAUGCGACAGAAAUUGCAACGGAGGAAGACUUUGCGCUCAUUGAAGCCAAGCAAAGGGGGGAUUUACUGGCCGGAAACAACACUCUGUCCGUGUUGUACCUUCCGAGCGAGCGUCACAAGCGGGCCCUUGCUAGCACCACUGAAAACCCCGUGUCGUCCAAGGACGUGGUGCUCUACAAAGGCACCUUGAAGAAGAACAUAUACACGCUUUUGUACUCCUCUCAUCCCUUGGUGCUGCACCAGGAGGAACCGUCCGAAGAUUCUGUGAGUUUCACCCUCGGGGAGAGUCGGAUGGUGACUGUGGAUUCUCCUGGCAAGGACUCCUACACGAAGUUGUAUGUCAAAGUACCGGUCCAGGACAACAAUUUCGUCAUCUUGCAGUUUUUUUUCUAUUGGUUCAACACCUACUGGUCCUUGACUUCGGUCAAAGUCUCGACCACCAACGGCAAUUUUUCGACCACUUUGAACAUCACCGAGCCCUUCCUUGUCCCUGCCGGGUUUUCGUACCAUUGCAACGGUUUGACGACUUUCAAGGACACGGCGAAGGAUAACUCAAAGACUGAGUUGCGAAUCUACGAUUUGCAGGUGCAAAUUGAUUCAAAGAAUGGCCUGUUUAGUGACGCUUAUGAUUGUGUUGAUUUCACCACGGUACCGAUUUGGUCGGGUUUGUUCGUUACGGGACUGCUUGGACUAGGGCUGAUUAUCGCCCUGACGGCGAUCAACGACAUCAAGACGAUGGACAAGUUCGAUAAUCAAAAGACCAAACAACUCUCGAUCACAGUAGCGGAAUAAAUCUUUAAUAAAUAAUUUAACUAUUUACAUAUGAUUGUCGGACGGCACUUGAGACAUAUCUGUAGCUGUUUUUAAUGGUUUAUGUAAUAAAUACAGACGCAGGUACGAUUAACAAUAAGACGGGAUCAUGAAGUGCGGUUGCGAGGUGUGUAACGCCUGGCCGUCUUUCGGACACACAGUCAAACUGCAAAAAAUAUACAUUAUGGAAUUUUUGAUUUUUGGCACAAGUACCUCUGCCUGAUUUCCAGAGCGUCGAUGGUUAUUUUCUCGAUGUAUAUUUUCGGGACGGUCAAGAGCCUCCAGGUCAAAGGGUUCAAGUAGCUGCUCUGGUACCGCCAUUCGACUUCAACAGCUUUGAUUUUCUUGACUUCGGACGUUGGCACCACCGCUGUGUAGAUUUUCCCGGGCUCGUGGAACCCGCCCUUGUUUAAGGGCACCGUGUGCGUUUUCGGCCCUUUACCGUCGGUUGUUUCAUGCAUUGUGAAGAACAGUUGGCCCACUUCGCCACCAUGUUGGAGGCUUUCGCCAGAGUUUGAAAUUUUUACUGUUAUUCUGUAAUGCCCGCCUGUAAUAAAUGUGUAAAUAAAAGUGUUUCCCCCAAA